GUAGUCAGAUAUCAAAUCACCAUGUCUGAGUCUGCGUUCUACUUUCACCGUGUCGUUUUGGGCGACCCUGCUUCGUAAACGGUCAAUGCGCGAAAAGCUUUCAACCUCGAAAUAUUGCGAUUACCAAGCAAACAUUGGAUUCCAACAUGUAGCUCUUGCCGCUGCUUCAUAGAGCUACCGUCGCUGAAUGAGCUGAAACUACUGCAUAUCGUUUGAGAGACGUCGCCGCCUCUGUCCAGUGUUGCCGGGAAGGAUAUCGAGGCCGCCCACCGAAUCAAGCCACGACAUAAUCACAGCAUUGUGUCAGCCAUGUCAAGUCAAUUUACACUACAACUGGAUACAUUACCAGGAGAAGUCAUUGACGGGAUAUGUGAUCAUCUCAACAAGAAAGAGCUCAAGGCUCUCCGAUUGUCCACGAAAAGGAUAUCCGCAAUUGCAACCACACAUCUGGCAAAGGAGUACAUGUUCAAUCUCUGCUCUCUCAUGACCCGUCGUAGUCUGGAGAAGCUAGCAGAGAUUUGUGCACAUCCUCAGUUUGGUCCGCAUGUUCGCAAAGUCCAUCUGUCUUCCGGUCGCGUCCAUCCUCGCGAGAUGCGAGCACUGAUCGAAAGAGUCGAAGAUAUGCAACGGCGCAUUCCUCCGCCAACAUCAGCUCAAGUCAAGAGAGCGAAGGCGAAAAUGCAAGAUGCGAUGAACAGAUCUUCCAAGGAGUAUGAGCUUGAAGUCUCGGGAGAUGCAGUCAGUAUACUCUCUCGCGCCUUUGCUGCACUGCGCACUUAUCAAACGCCCAUCAUCUUGGAUAUCUCAGACUUUGAGGUACCACGGUGGGAUCCGGUGACCUUGUUCUUGGACAGGUAUAAUCACUUUCAUGGAGAGCCGGAGCUUUGCUUCAAGUCGACAAUGGAGCCUUGUCUGGAAGCUAUUUUUCGCACAAAGAUGCAGUUCGCCGAGCUCGAGUUGACUGUUGAUGCUCUCUCAAUUGAUCCAGAAGAGCGUGGGUACGAUACACACACCAUGCGAUCAGAGGGUCUUGAACUUCUAGCCAGCCUGAAGAGUGUGGCUCUCGAUUUCAACAACACAUUUGACGCAGCUGGCACGAAAUCUACUGCGCACAUUCUUUCUUACGCUAACGCUCUGGAGAACUUCACUUAUCGACAAGGCUGUGAUGACCUCAAUCGCGAUGAUUGGUUCUCACCACAACAACAACUUAAACUCUUGACCAACAAUCAGUUCGCAGUAUCCGAUGCGAUCCUGGAGUCAGUCAAGUCAGCCAAACUAACAGCGCUAUGGAUUGAGUAUGCGCCACUGUCAUAUGACACCAUAGUGCAAGUGAUGGAGAUGCACGCCGACACACUAACCAGUAUCCGCAUUGCUCACACCUGUUUACGCGACGGUAAUUGGAGCGACCUCUUCUCCAACAUCAAGAAGAAUUGUCGCUUUCUGACGCAACUUGACAUCGAGAAUCUAAGCCAAGCCAGACCUGACCGGAAAGAGGGUGACUAUCGCCCGCUGAUUCUGCCUGAAGAAUGGAAUCUUGGAUUGAGUGGUUCCAGGGCUGAGGUUGAGGAAACACUUGAGAAACUUGUCAAUGCUCCGUCGCUAGAGGUGUUGGAGUUGGAAGAUAGAAGAAUGAGGAUACAGAUGAAUGAUGUUGGUAUGGCAGAUGAUGACGAUGAUCUUGAUCCGGAUGCUGGAUCCUCGGAUCUAGACUUGUGAAGGUAUUCAUGUCUUCUAGUCGAAUAGAAAAUCAGGGGUCAACGACAGAGUUUUGUAAGCGUGAUGGCAGUCUCUACAUUCCCAUUUGACGACGAUCAGGAAGCUGAAACGACCACACCUACCCCGGCCAGAAUGAAUACCUAAAAAGGAUAACUUUCUGACCACCAACGCUUAUCGCUAUCUCGACCCCACACAUUCUCUUAUCUUCAUAUCUCAGAGGCACAUAAAUACAUCAAGGUAGGACUACCAGAGAGAGCCUCUAAACAGUAGCUUUCCGCUUUUGAAUCCGGCUACAAGGAGUUCACCAUAUCGCUUCUUACAUCAUGAUCUCUGCCACAGAAGUCCUCACAGCCUGGGAGGCCUGCGAUAAAACUGACUCCGCCUUCAUCCUAAUCUGCAGCGUCUUCUGCUGGCCC